AAACCCGAUUCAAUAUUUUCGAUCAGCUCAUCACUCGUUUCCUAUCACCAACAAAAAUUACAAAUACUAAUAAAAUUCAAAUCGUAGUCCCUAGAAAGCUGAAAAGAUUUUCGAGAAUGAGUGACCUUAACGAGUGCGAACUAGACCGACACUUCAAGAGCCAGCUACGGGUAAUGGGCGAUGUGUACGUGAAAAUCAGCCGCGAGGACCUUGAGGUGAGCCAGCGCUGGUUGGAGCUCUUCCAGAAGGCGAAGCGCCAGGACAAGUACGCCCGCAACUGCCUGAUGCUGCUAAUGUAUGACCAGCUGAAGGAACUGGGCCGUCUGGAGAAGCCCUUCCUGGAUUUGGAGAACUUGCGCCUGAGACUGGACGAUGUCCUCAGUCAAUAUGAGGGCAGGAAGGAUGAGGAUCAAGUCUCGGUCGCAGGUGAGGCCGCCGACACGGAGACCAAUGCUUCGGAUUAUGAUGCGGCGAGCAGCCGUUGCGGCUCCCAGGAAUGCACGUCUGACGUAGACUUCAUGGAAGGAUCGUGCCCCAACUUUGUGUCCAUUAAACAAGCCAAUGCGGCUCUCCUUAACGAGAUUUCGUUGCUGCACUCCAAGACCCUCGAGACAGAGAAGAUGUACAGAUGCCAACACCAACUGCUGGACAAAAGGCUGGCCCAGAAGCCUAAGGUUAGAAAGCUCAGCGCCUGGCAGGAAAAGAUCUGGGAAACAACGGUGCAAUCCAUAGGACGCUUGACCGAAUGGGCUGGUUCCGACUACCCUUUUGACUUUGUGUCCUCCAUUUUGGGACCGUUCCUCAAGAAUGAACCCGAGUUAAGCUCGCAGCUUUACAAACUCGACCGGCAUUUCAAUGCAAUGCUGGAAAAAAUGGUGUUUAAGGAGUGCGAUCGGCGAGAGGGCAAUGUACGCAUCCUAUACGAACAGCUUAUCAUGGCUCAGAAGGAAGCCCAAAGAUUCAAGGACCAACAGAUGCAAAAGGCACAGGAUGCUUUGAAGCUGGAGUUUAAAAAGAUACGUGCUCUUUCCGAGGACUUGCAGCGCCGGGAAGAGCUCAUCCAAAGGCAUAUGCCAGCUUCUGGGGAUCUAGAGCUAUGUGCAUUCUGUCAGGAGGCAGCAAAGUCUCAAAGCAGGUCUUUACGUCCUACCGAGAGACAAGGCUGCCCCAGGGUGCUGCCCUGCGAGAUCUGCGAGGGGGAAAAAUGCAGCCCAACCAGGUUCAAGGAUGUCAUACGCAGGAAUGGUCGCAGGAAGUCUAUUUUCUCCGAGGAUCGGGAAAAGCUCACCGAAGGCCUUAGUGAUCUGUCCGAUGGAAAGCCAUAAUCCUGAUGAACCUUAUCCAAACACACCACGUAUAAUACUCUUUAUAUAUAUUUUUACCGAUUUUUAGUUCGAAUCAAUACAUCGUUGAGUUGGUUGAAAAGUUCCGCCUGUUUCUCCUUCAUCCGACGGCUCCUUCCCUGUCAACUGCAAAACUUUUAAUGUAGUUUUAAUUUUCUCGUAAUCACGAAGGAAACUUGGCUCUAGUCCUGAAAAGUCUACGCACUUACACUGUGAGAAAACGUAUAUUUUUAAAAUUUUCUAAACUAGUUUUUCCAACAAACCUUAAAUAAAAUUUCCCCACUACCGACCUGUUCCAUCGCGGCACAAUUGCCAGCAACUUGGAGGUCACUAUCGAUACAUCAUACUAUCGGCUGUGUCCCAGCUCUAUCAGAAACGAACUGAAGAAAGCAAUCCCGUUUUGAAGCGAGUUUCCCAUCAAAAUUUCCGUUUACGGUAGGCGAACCAAAUCAAAACAAAUUCCCCAUAAGCACUGACAUUCGAUCAUGCUCCGCACCCGAUAACUAGCAUCAAUACCCCCAAAAUAGAGCUGAAAAACAGCGCGAAACACAACUUACAAUCCAGAAAACAAAACGCCAGCGAGACGAGGACGCCAAGAUGAUUAAACUCUUCACGCUGAAGCAGCAAAAGAAGGAGGGAGA